AUGAUCGAUAGCUCCAAGAAACAGCAGCAGGGCUUCGCCGAGAUUUUACCCGCAGGAGAUCUUAAGCCACUGAAGGAGAAGGAAUGCCUGGAGGUGAACAGCCAGAAGAGUCUGAAGGAAGUACUUCAGCUGAGGCUACAGCAACGCCGGACACGGGAGCAGCUGGUGGACCAGGGCAUCAUGCCACCUUUGAAAAGUCCAGCUGCAUUCCAUGAGCAGAUCAAGAGCCUGGAGCGAGCCAGGACUGAGAAUUUUUUGAAGCACAAGAUUCGCAGCAGGCCGGAUCGCUCUGAGCUGGUCAGAAUGCACAUCCUGGAAGAGACCUUUGCAGAGCCUUCACUCCAGGCCACUCAGAUGAAACUGAAGAGAGCUCGACUGGCAGAUGACCUGAACGAGAAGAUUGCUCAGAGACCUGGUCCUAUGGAACUGGUGGAAAAAAAUAUUCUUCCUGUAGACUCCAGCGUUAAGGAAGCUAUUAUAGCAGUUGGACAAGAGAAUUAUCCUCAAGCUUUGGAUGAUUUUUCCUUCGAUGAAGACAGCAGUGAUGCUUUGUCACCAGAUCAGCCUGCCAGCCAAGAAUCCCAGGGCUCAGCAGCUUCUCCUGGUGAGCCAAAAGCAAGUGACUCACCAUCACCUGUAACCCCAAACGCUGCUACGUCGACACAGUAUCCACCUUUAACCUCUCCAGUUCCUGAAUUUCUCAAAACUCCCUCCACAAUCGAACAGCAGGUCACACGUUCCACUGCUGCCACCACCCUGACCACAAACACUGUCUCUGCAGCAAAGCCUGGGCCCACACUGGUGAAGCAAAGCCACCCAAAGAACCCAAAUGAUAAGCAUCGAAGCAAGAAAUGUAAAGAACCUAAGCCAAGGGUGAAAAAAUUGAAGUAUCAUCAAUAUAUUCCACCUGAUCAGAAAGGUGAGAAAAAUGAGCCACAGAUGGACUCCAAUUAUGCUCGUCUGCUACAACAGCAGCAACUGUUUUUGCAGCUGCAGAUCCUGAGCCAACAGCAACAACACUACAACUACCAGACAAUUCUACCUGCACCGCUGAAGCCCCUGAAUGACAAACAGAGCAGCAAUGGGAACACCCCACUGAGCACACUGAACAGCAGCCCAACGUCGGCCGCCAGCUCCCCCAGGCAGAACAGCAGUGCUCCUGCCAGGAAACCAGGACCUCUGCCCUCCAGCCUGGAUGACCUGAAGGUAGCAGAGCUCAAAAUGGAGUUGAAAUUGAGGGGAUUACCAGUGUCUGGAACAAAAACAGAUCUUAUCGAGCGCCUGAAGACAUAUCAAGAUCUUAAUAACAAUGGGGUCGCUACGAGUACCUCUGUGACAGUGACCACUUCUGCUGGGGCCACAGGCAACACUGGGGAAGUGACUGUGGCAUUCCCUGUGGCAACACUAAAUAAACCAGUGGCUAAUGCGAUCUCCAACUUCCCUCCAGAGAAAACAUCUACUGGACCUGUUAGCAAAGUGGUCAAUACUGAGAACAUCAGCUCUCCCUUGCCGAUAUCUCCAUCUCCCUCGGAACAGUCUAGUCUGAGCACGGAUGACACCAGCAUGGCAGAUACUUUCACAGAGAUGAUGACCAUGAUGUCACCCUCCCAGUUCUUAAGCACUUCCCCUCUCAGAGCAAACGAUGAGAACCAGAACCGCAGUGGAAACAUCUCAGCCAUGGAGCUGGACGUGGCAGAAAAGGAUCGCAAGCUCCAGGAGAAAGAAAAGCAGAUCGAAGAGCUCAAAAGGAAACUGGAACAAGAGCAAAAGCUUGUGGAGGUAUUGAAAAUGCAACUUGAGGUUGAAAAACGGGGACAACAGCAGCAGUGUCAGAGUGCUGGUAGCUCAGCUGCUCUGGAGCAGAAGCAGUUCAGUGCUGCUGUCAAGGAUGAAGCUGCUCUGGCUGACUGCUCCAGCACCAGCCCCUCUGUGCCCGUGGUCAGCCACCCCCUGGGACAGGCAGUGUACACGAGUGGACAGAACCCAGUUGCCAAAAAGGCAGUUAUUAUCAAGCAGGAGAUACCUGUGGCCAAAGCUGAACCUCAGAAUGCCAUUUCUCAAUUCUAUGUGAGUCCACAGAGGCAGCCCCAGACUGCAGUUGUUGCCCAACCUCAAGCUUUAUUAACUGCCCAAGGAACUGCACAGCUGCUCCUUCCACUGUCUAUCCAGGGGCCGAAUUCUGCCACUGCAGUGCAGCUACCCGUUGGAAAUAUCAAGCUGCAGGCUCAGUCACAAGCUGGAAUUCAGACCCCAUCACAAAUACCUGCUCCUCUUUCCUCCUCUGGCCUGGCCCAGGCAGCACCUCAGAUGCACAAUCCACAGGCAAAACAAAGCUCCAUCACGCAGCACACACUCGCUCAGACCCAGCAAGGCAGAAAGGUUUUUCCACCUACCACAUCAAAUGCAGUAUUUUCUUACCAGACUGCACCAGUUACAACACCUGCACAAUCUUUUAUUAGUAAAACAUCCAGCUCUAACAUUCACACUGGUGGCACUCAGGUUCCCACAGUGCAGAACGGACCUGCUACUCCCAGUAAGCCUGCCUCUCCAUCUCAAGCCCAGCCCUACAUUGUUCAGCAGCCUCUGUUCAACAGCACAGUGUCCAAGACUAAAGAUCCUCCUCGUUACGAAGAGGCCAUAAAACAGACCCGCAGCAUCCAGGCCCCACACCGGGAGAUUUCCAGUGCACACAGUCAGCAGAUGGAUGACCUGUUUGAUAUUCUCAUCAAGAGUGGAGAGAUUUCCCUUCCGAUAAAGGAAGAACCAUCUCCCAUAUCCAAAAUGAGACCAGUGACAGCCAACAUCACCACAAUGCCAGUGAACACGGUGAUCUCCCGUCCACCCCCACAGAUCCAGAUGGCUCCUCCUCCUGUGUCCUUAGAACCAACAACCAGCCUGUCUAUAAGUCUGGAAAACCAACUUGAAGCCCUCCUGGAUGGAACUUUACCAUCAGGUAACGAGAUUCCUCAACUGACCAGCAGCACUGAGGACGGAGAGUCGUUCUCCUUAAUUGAAGACCUCCAGAAUGAUCUGCUUAACCACUCGAGCAUUUUAGAUCACUCUCACUCACCCAUGGAAACAUCCGACCCACAGUUCACCACUAACAGUUCUUGUCUGUCUCUGGACCUUCCCGAUACAAACCUGGACAAUAUGGAAUGGUUAGACAUUACAAUGCCCAACUCCUCCUCUGGACUUACUCCUCUCAGCUCUGCCGCCCCGAGCGUCUUUUCCACUGACUUCCUAGAUCCACAGGAUCUACAGUUGCACUGGGAUUAAGCUACAGCCAAUGAGAACACAACCUGCAAGUCUCUUUACAGCAGAGGUCCAUUCUUACACCAUUCUGAUGGCAGUUCAUGUAAAGUAAGACGGUAAUGUUGGGAAGAACAAAGGCUUGAAGCUAAUUCCUUAUCGAUUUUCAAGUUUACAAGGGUGAAUUACUUUUUGCUCCUGUCAGUAAUGCAGAUCAGGGCCCCAGGAAAGCUAUUUCAC